CGUACCCAAUAAACCCAAUGAAGUAAACACAAAGCAAAACAAAAUAUAAAUAUUGCAUCAGGUAAUCCGAAUAAGAAAGAUCAGAAAGAUCCCAGAAGAAUUAUCCUAUGCUGUCUACUUUUUAAUGUAAAAAAAAAAAAAUGAGAACAACCUACUACAGUUGUUUAACCGCCCCAUCUCCGAUGUAGCAAGCCCAUGAUUUGAGCAUGAUGAGAUUGCUAUUUCAAAUGGAUUGAUGACCAUAUUAUAUAGUUCCCGCGCUGGUUUGUGCUACAUCAUUUAACAAACAUGUGACUUGUUUGUUUACUUCCGGUUAUCUCACGAGACAGAGGAAGCUAUCAUCAUAUACUCCGAAAUACGUGUCGACGCCCUUGUCAUAAUUCUUUACCUUGUUGAUAGCUGUGCUGUGUUUUUUAAAACAAUCUCCUUCCUGGUACGCUGAGUGAAAGUUCUGACAGCAUGAGUGUCCGUACACUCUCACUUUUGUGUAUCAUUUGCUGUCAAUGUAUAUUUGCUCUUGAGGAUGAGUCUUUGGAAAAAGUUUCUAUCUGUAGAAAUGAAACACUCAAGCCUAAAGUCAACACAGCCAACAUAAUAAUUGAAAGUGAAUCCACAACAGAAUUGUCUUUCUUUUCUCAAAGUGCAGAAUGUUGGAAAUGUAAACUACGAUUAACUGCCCGCAUCAACCCUGGAGCCACAUGUUAUUUGAGAGUGGAUUCUCGAUGGCCUGUACACUUUAAGAUUAAGGAUGAGGAAGGAGAUUUAUGUCAGGAAACUACAUUCCAUUUUAAAGAGAAUGGUAUUUACAACUUGUUGAUUUACAACAGAACCCAAUGUUCUCAGGAACUGACAAACGAUCCUAGUGAUGUUUUUAUCCCAAUUUAUAUCAGCAUGGCUGUUGUAUUUGUAAUCAUCUUGCUGAGAUAUGCAUUUUAUUUCAAAAGCAGUGUCACCUUCAGAAGAAUCAUUUCACGAUUUAGUCAAGAGAAACUAAUCGAAGCAGAUCUUGGCUCUCCAGACAGCAUCAACCCCACAGAUGACAAUGAAAGCCUACGUAGCCGUAUACUUGUACGGGAAAGGUUAAAAUCACUUGAUGCAUUUCGAGGAAUUAGCAUUGUAAACAUGAUAUUUGUCAAUUGUGGAGGCGGUAAAUAUUGGUUCUUCAAGCAUUCGCCUUGGAAUGGAAUAAAUACUGCAGAUCUAGUUUUUCCUUGGUUUGUCUUCAUCAUGGGAACAUCUAUGGCAUAUAGUUUUCGAAGCAUGAUGCGGAAAGAGCUUAAAAAACAGACAAUUAUAGCAAAGAUAGUUUGGAGAACAGUUGUGUUGUUUUUCUUUGGCAUAAUAAUCAACACUAUUAACAAACCGAAUAUUGAAUUGAAAGAUAUCCGUAUUCCUGGAGUGCUUCAACGCAUUGCUGUAACUUACUUUAUUGUAUCUGUAACACAUAUGUUUUCUGCCCGACCAGCAGACAGCCAUCAAUUUGUUUGGUGGAGUCCAAUCCAAGAUCUUGUUAAUUAUUGGCUUGACUGGGUUGUUGCGUUAAGUCUACUGAUUAUCUAUCUUUGUGUGACAUUCUGUUUACCAGUACCGGGCUGUCCAACUGGUUACCUAGGUCCUGGUGGAAUAAGUGAUGAUGGUAAAUACAAGAAUUGUACAGGUGGUGCAGCUGGCUAUAUUGAUAGAACAGUGUUUGGAAGUUCACACAUGUAUCAAAGAGGAACAUUUAUGGAGAUGUAUCAUACUCAUGAACCAUUUGAUCCAGAAGGACUUCUUGGCACCCUUACAACAUGUGUUAUUUGUUUCCUUGGAUUACAGGCAGGAAAAAUAUUUCUUAUGUUUCGGAUGCAUUCAGAAAGAGUGAAACGAUUUUUUAUCUGGGGUGUUGUUAUAGGUGCUAUUGCAUUGGCCUUAACAGAAGCUUCACGAGAUGGGGGAGUUAUUCCCAUCAACAAAAAUCUUUGGUCUGUCUCGUACAUUUUUGCAGCAGCUUCCUUAGCUUUCUUCAUGCUUGCUCUCUGUUAUCUUGCAAUUGAUGUAGGGAACAUUUGGACUGGAAUACCAUUUACCUGGGCAGGAAUGAAUGCUAUAGUAUUGUAUAUGGGCCACGAAGUUUUUGUUUGCAAAUUCCCAGUAUACUGGAAAAUAGAAAGCAAUCACCUAUCUCAUUACCUAAUGAAUUUAUGGGGUGCAGCAUUCUGGUUUAUAAUUGCUGCUUUUAUGCAUUACAAAGAACUAUAUUUCUCAGUCUAAUCAUGUUGGAACAAUUCCUAGACAUUUGAUCCAAACUAUAUGAAGUGAGCUGAUUUAAUUUUUGUUUUUGUCUAUUAUUUUCUUUAUUCUAUAAAAUACGCCAUCUUGAUCUAAAAACUUCUAUAUAAUAUGUGCAUAUUUUGUGUACUAUGCAAAUAAUUAAAAGAAUAAUUAUUUUAGAGUAUCUUUUGUAGAAUAUGAAAAAAAAAAUCCAUUUUCAAGUGCUUUUUCUAUUUAAAAAAAAUUCUAAAAAUAAACAAAUUCAGAAAAAUUCAAAUUACAAAAGAUAUUUUUUCAUCAAAUAAUUUUUUAAAAAUCAUAAAACUAUAUUUGUUAGGCUUUCUUUCCUAUACAAAUAUUGAAUGUUUUAUAAUCAUGCUAUCAUUGCAUAAAAUUAUAAUCUAAAUGCCAUAUUGUAUAUAAGAACAUCAGUAAUUUUUAAUUUGAAAUAUAUUACUAAAAAGAUUCUUCCAAGUGAGAUCAGAUUAAGUCCAAAGUUCACUAUAUUUAGAUUUAUGACAUUGUGAUGUGAUGAUUUUUAUUUAAAUCAGAAGAAAGAUUGUCAACUUACUGAUUAAACAAGCUUUGUGAUGAAUGUCACAAUAUAGUAACUAUCAGACUAAUUACUUGAUUAUUCUUCUGCUGCAGUGUUCAAGUUAAUUUCCUCAGAUGAACAUAUAGCUGUUUUAUGACUAAGGUAUUUUUUUAAACAAUACACUAGGACUAUUUUAAUGAGUUUUAAGUUCAAAUCCUGCCCUGGUUGACUUUGCCUUUCAUCAAUCCAGGAGUGAAAAGAAACAGAAAAUCUAAGUGCCAAACAAGAAACAAAAUUAAUAGAAUUGACUAUACUCUUAAAUGUGCUGCCCUAGCAUUACCUUAGACUAAUGGCUGAAACCUGUAAAAGAAUAGGAACAUUUCAGUUUUUCAAUUAUCAGUAAUAUUUACUGUUCUAACUAUAAACAUGAACUCAAACUCUAACCUAGAAUCAGCUGUUACUUUAUAUAUUUGAUUGAUUGGUCUCUCUUAGAAAAAUUAUGGUAAUAUUUUUUAUUACACCUAACAUAGUACUGCAUGUAUCCAUCAUCAUUCCAGUUUCAUCUUGGGAGGAUUUGAGUCCAACACUUGAAAGUUUUAAAAAAAAACAUUCACUUAUAGUAUAACCAUAAAGCUCCUUGCUGUUGUAGCGAGGAGCUUUAACGCAAAUGAUUUUUAUUUACUCUUAGAUGCACUAUUUUAGAUUUAAAGAUACAAACCAAUGAAUUUUUUGGCCAAUGACUUGCUACUUUUUUUUCAAAACAAUAAUUCUGAUGUAUAAAAUACAUAUUUCACUUAAACUUAAGUUUGAUGUUUAAACUUAAUUUGUCACAACAGUUCACUUGUGUUAAAAAAUAUAUCUGAAAAUUAGAUUAGUUAUUAUUCAAAACAGGACAACUGGUCUAUCAUUGAUUGCAUCUUAAAUACUUUACCUGUGAUAUAUAAACUGAAAUAUUUAUUUUUUAUGUCUUCUCUUGAACACAAGGUUAAAUACUUGUGCUCUUUUCUCAAUUUGAUUUAUUACUAGGGCAAAUUCUUUGUAAAAAUUAAUCAAUUAUUAAGUGCUUUGGAGAUGUAACUGGUUUAUAUCACACAAAUACUCAGUUAUUAUUAUUAUUAUUAAUGGGACUAAAAGUUUUAAACUUUAUUUAAGCAUCUGUUGCUUAUGACAUCCUUAUAUCAUUUUCAUGUUUACCCAGCUGUGCAUGGAACUGUUACAAUUUUUGCAUAUUAAAAUAUGAUCAAUUUUUAUAUCAAAUGUUUGAGUCUUCAUUUAAAAAAUUUUUUAUUUAUUUAUUUACUUUUGUAAAUGUUUACUUCGAUUAUUGGAACUUAGCAGCUGUCCAGUUGAUUAUUUUUUUUAACCAUAUUAUAUAUUAUAUCAUUUAUAUAUCAAUCUUAAAGUUUGAUUAUAUUGCUUGUUGAUAUUUGAAGAAUUCCCUUUCUACUGCCUCAAAAUACUUUUAUUUCCCACGUUUUCAAAACUAGUAUUGUGUUUAUCAAAAAUGACAAUGUGACAUUUUUACAAAAAAAAAAAAUAGGCGUAGGAGUGGCUGUGUGGUAAGUAGCUUGCUUACAAACCACAUGGUCCCGGGUUCAGUCCCACUGCAUGGCAUCUUGGGCAAGUGUCUUCUACUAUAGCCUCGGGCCGACCAAAGCCUUGUGAGUGGAUUUGGUAGACGGAAACUGAAAGAAGCCUGUCGUAUAUAUGUGUUUGUAUGUCUGUGUUUGUCCCCCAACAUCGGUUCGGCAAAAGAGACCGAUAGAAUAAGUACUAGGUUUCCAAAGAAUAAGUCCUGGAGUCGAUUUGCUCGACUAAAGGCGGUGCUCCAGCAUGGCCACAGUCAGAAGACUGAAACAAGUAAAAGAGAAUACUGGAAAGUUACAUGUCUUUCCCCACCACUAUUCUAGCAUAGAAUAUUAUGUAUUACCUCAGUAUUACAUACAUAUUCCAACUUCUUUGUUCCAAACUUAUGCAUAACCUGGCCUCAAUCUUGGACACCAUCAAGCUACACAAUAGCUUUCAUUACAUAUUCAGUAUUACAGCUUAAUGCUUGAGUUUGAAUUCAGAAUGAACACUAGAAUGAUCAUAUCAUCAUCACUGAGCUUCCGUUGUCCAUGCUGGUAUGGGUUGGACAGUAUGACCAGGGCUGGCAAGCUGGAAGACUGCACCAGAUUCCCAUCUGAUUUGGCAUGCUUUCUAUGGUUGGAUGCCUUUCCUAACACCAACCACUCCGAGGAUAUAAUGGGUGCUUUAAUGUGCCACCAGCAUUUGCAUGACAUCAGUAUCUGCCAUGGCUGCUAUUCCACUUGACUUAAUGGGUUUUCUUGACAUAAUGCCAAAGGUUUCGGUCAUUACCUCCAUGAGACCCAAAAAUAAAAA